GUUCUAUUUACAUCUGUGAUCAGUCUGCAAGAUGGCGGCCCGUGUUGUGGCAGCUGCGACGGUGAAAGCAGUAAAAGGUGUCAGGAAAGCAAUACCAACUAGAGCAGCACUCGUACUAACGCCAGCAGCUGUCAACAAAGUGAAGGAGCUGAUGAAGGCGCGUCCGGAUAGCAUAGGAUUGAAGGUGGGCGUGCGGCAGCGCGGCUGCAACGGGCUGAGCUACACGCUGGAAUACGCCACCGAGAAGGGCCGGUUGGACGAGGAGGUGGUCCAGGACGGGGCGCGCGUCAUCAUCGACCGCAAGGCGCAGCUCACGCUGCUCGGUACCGAGAUGGACUACGUCGAGACGCGUCUCGCCUCGGAGUUUGUCUUCAACAACCCCAACAUCAAAGGCACCUGUGGCUGCGGCGAGAGCUUCUCGGUGUGAGUGCGGCAGUCGGAGGCGUUCGCCGUACGGGAGAGGUCUCGCCGUUCUGCGCUCUGCGCCUCCUUUUCGUCUUGGCCCGUGUCGACACUGUGGCGACCUUGCUUAGCUCAGUAAUGUUCCUCUUUAGUUAAGUUUUUUUCUGCUAGAUGUACCUGCCAGUUAUGACAGUACUAGAUAUAUGGUGCUACCCGAGUGUUUUCAGGAUUUGACAGUUUUGGAGAGUGCAAGAGUAAAAGCGAACUGCGGGAUCGAUACUGACUUUUUUCACAACAGAAUCUCCAGGUAAAAUGUUCUCGGUUAACUCACUGGUGAAAUUCAGAUGACGUCAGACAUAUUUCGGCAGUCUGGGUGGGGCUCAAGUUUGACUCGAGUGAGACCACGGCUCCCAGUCUCGCGAUUCGGCACCCUGUGUCGUCGUGACAUUACGGGGUGGGGAAUGCCGAAGUGUCGCCCCCUCAUGCCAGACGGUGAGUUUACACGCACACUGGCCGGUGUCACUCGCACACUCUGUGUGGUAAACUGUACGCCGCUUCCUCGCCUGGUAUUUCUCUCACGUGACGUUAACGGGGGAGAUGCACAGCUGGCAGGUCGGCGACGGUGUUCAUCUUUUGUGCACUUCCGUUUUAUAUUUAGAUGUAACUGACACCACUUUGGUACAGCACACUUCUCAGUCUUUUUUUUUGAGAAACAGAAGUUCAGAGCCUUGCGAUCCUGCCACGUACCGCACGAAAGUGCCGGUUGUCGAGCGGCGGUGUCGGUGUGACCGGUUGAAGUGGCCUACUAAAAGCCUGCUUGAUCCUACUGCAUCUGAAUUGUCCUCCAAACACUCUUGUUGGUACAAUGAAAGUUUGUUUAGAAAAUAUCAGUAUAAUAAUCAUAGUAAUACAUUCGAGCUUGUAUUGCAGGAAAAUUAUACCAGGCUAUACCUGCUUAGAAUAGUGUGAAAUUUAUUGAAAUAUGCAUACGAAUAUCGUCGUCGUCAAUCAUCAUCAUCAUCGUCCAUUAUCGCACCUCAGUUACAGCUCACUGUGAAUGUGUGACAGUGGUCCAUCGUUAGUCAGUCAGUUUACUCAUUGCCGAGUGUCGUGACCUUAUCUCUCGAGUACCUCCACUCGGAGAUCUUCAGCGCGUCCCAAUAUGUGGAGUGAUAGCCCAGUAAUCUUCUUCACUUCACCCAGUCAACUUGUUCCUGCUCUUCCUCGUAGUCUUCUGGCUUCAGUUUUGCUUCACGAAAUAAUCUUUCCGAAAUUAUCCCCUUCCCUUCUCAAAAUGCGCCCAAGAAAACUGUAUCUAUCUUUGACCGAUGCAGAAAGCUAAACUUGUUAUGCUAAAUUCUUCUAGAAGAUAAGCUCCGGCUCUUCUUCCUGUCAGAGGUACACACAUCUUCCGCCAACACCGCAUCUCGAAGGCACCAAUUCUGCUCGUGUGACUAGCUUACGCAGUCCGAGUCUCGCAGCUGUAUAACGACACGGGGAGCGCCAGUGAUUCCAUCGAGCAUAUCUUCUUUGUUUUGGAUGUUGCCCGGUUCUGCCAGAUCGUGGAGAGUUUGGCUGUCGAGACUUAACAAAGGAGAUUUUGAUGUUUUAUUUCCUUAUCAUAGUUUCUUGUCAUUGAUAAGAGAUCAGAUAUACAGUCAUUCAAUACCUCCAGAUUCUCCAAGCAAUCUGCAAGUUGGAUUUGAUCUGUAUUUAGAAAUAAAAAGAUGCUUUUCAAAACAACCACCAUCAUUAUUUCUUCUUCUUCUUCUUCUUCUUCUUCUUCUUCUUCUUACUAUUAUUAUUAUUAUUAUUAUUAUUAUUAUUAUUAUUAUUAUUAUUAUUAUUAUUUUCUGGCCAUCGAGGACCAUGUUAAGUCCUGUUAUAUUUGGCAGUGAACUUCAUUUUCUUUGAAGCGCAGAGUUUGAUUGGGUUUGCUUACGUUCCUCAAUCCACAAGGAGAGCCUUUUCUUUUUGGUCGCUCGUCUUGGUAUAGCCUGUUUGUCACCAACUUCUUAUGGAAGAGAUCUCUAUCACAAGCAUCUUAAGAUUUGAUUUGUAAGCGUUGAUUUGUAAGAGUUUUACUGGAAGUCUGUGACCCUUUGUCAAAGUUUAUUAGUAUAUGAUCUGUUUCAAGGUUUUCCUAGUGUUUCUGGGGGUCGAUUUGAAUCUAAUUACUGACAUUUAGUGUUCUGUAGCCACAUUUAUGUCCUACUCAAACUUAGAUUUGUAAUCUCCGUACUCUUUCUACUGGAUAUUGCGACUUGAAAAAUUUCGAUCUUUCCUGCAGUUCGGACAGGAAAUGGCAAAAUUGUCUGGCUUCUGGGUAGUUGCCAAAAGUGGGUGGGUGUGACCAGCAAGUUGUGAAUUUCACAUCUGGAGACCAGUACGUAGGUCAGUUGUCCUGUGGGCAGGAUAGCGUCUAAUCACUCUUCCAUACUUUCAUUCUCAAAUAUUUAAGAAGCUUCGAUAUUUGCAACCGAUUAAGCAGGUCCUUUCAGAGUCGCAGCAUAUGUGAUUCUGACCAUUGUAGAUUCCUUGAGGAUCCUUUUUUGAGCUCUACUGCUUUCCAAAAAAUCUGAUCUGUUGCAAUAUUGAAGUCUUUAGAGGAAUAUUUGGGGGAAAAAAUAUCAAUAGACAGGAAGGCAACAGAGUAGGUUUGAGUAGAGUAGUCUCUCACCUUAGCUGGUUAUGGUAACGUUGCUCCUAGACAGCUGACCCUCUCGUACGGUAUCUGACAACUUCGUAACACGUACGUCAGUCCCAGAAAUGCUCAAAGUGCUUCAUACUAGAGUGGCAUUGGUUAUAUCUAAGUACGUACUAAAAGUGCGUGAAAGAUCGCUGAAGAAGUGUCUUGUGUGCACUUCCCUCAUAAGAGUGUAGAGUCACUGUUAAAGUUAUCACAGUCUGAUUUGAAUGCGUCACCUAAUUUUUAUCCACAUUUUACUCUGCAAGUUGACUACAAAUGUUUUAUCCAAUCUGAAUCGUACUAUGGAAAUCUCUCCUGUUGUAAGUGAUAGUCCUGCAAUUUCCUGCUCUCGUGGUACGUGUAGCAGCUUUUAUGCUUCAAAGUCCGUACCUGCGAUCAGAUUGCUGUGCUGUUCACUGGAAUUGCUAUUGUCAGAUUGCAGUGGAUGUUGGAAGUUGUGGGAAUUUCCCAUAAAAAAUAUGGCAGCUGGAGGGUGCAGCUUUUGUAUUACUGGAGGCCUGGAAAAUGCUUGCAAAACCACGUACGUCCAGUAUUUGAGCUCUGCAAAAUAAUGGGCACUUCUGUAUGGAUGUGGUAUUGUAGCUCUACUCAUUUCUGUUAUAGUGUUCAGAAUGCAGCCUUCUGCUUUGUACAGGGUCAAAAGUUUCCAUGUCUCUCCUGUUAGUCUUCCUCCUUUGUUACGCAGAUCUUUGAACCGAGACUGGUGCUUGUUUACACCGGGCCUUUCCGUACUACAAAUUUUUCAACAGUUUUGCAAUUUGUAAAAUAGCUAUAAAAAUCACUUCUAUUGUGUGGGAGCUAGCAUAGUUUGUGAUGGGAAUUAAUUUUUCUAAUUUUGUCUAGACAAUGUGAGUAUACUUUACCAAUUUCAAAUAAGAGGAUUCCACAGUUUCAAUAAAAUUAGGCAAUAAACUGUUAUAAUGUUGAUUACACUCAUUAUUUUCUGUGCUAUCCUAAAGGUUGUUGACACAUUAUGUUAAAAAGAAAGUAACUCGAGAUUCUCUGCAGCAGGUUCACAGGGGAAAGUUUUACAGUUUCACACACCUCGUGUAGCCCAUAAUUAUUUCAUAAUGCCACCAUUCAGUUAAUGCUGGUAAAAGCAUUCUGUGUCAGCAACCACAAAGGACAGAGCAAAUGUCAGUAUUAAGUUUUUUUUUUACUUCACAUGACCUUUUUUCUGCACCUCAUACUGUUGUCCUUUCAACUGAGCUGCCACAGAUGUACGAAUACAGAAAUACAGCCAAACGUUAUUUUUCCGUACGGUGCAAAAUUGAUAAUUUUGAAUCUGAUAAUAUGUUAUUAAAAAUAGGAAUGCAGUGAUCCAAAAUUAAUGAAAGGAAAUAGUAAAGAAAAGCAAACACUGUUCACUUCUAAAAUGCUUCUUGUAAGUGAUGCAAGAUAGUUUCCUGUCUAAAGCUCUGUGAUUGUGACUCUAUUAUACAGUAUAUACUGCCCAUGUUCCAAAGAUUAGCUGUUUCAAUGCUCCCACUGUUAUCAUUCUUCAUUGACUUUACCUUUAGCAUAAAAUGUAGUAUUUACUUUUGUAUCAGUUCCACAGUGUUUUCAAACUGUGAAUCAUUCCUGCAAACCAAAUACCAGUAUAUAUUCUAAACUUGUACAUAGAUUGUGCACCUCUUGUGGGCGAUGAAAACAAACUUUUUUCUGUACAUAGCACAUCGUUAAACUGUACAUAUUGAUACUUUUGUUGUUUUUUUGUUAUUAAAAGCCAAAAAUUUCUGUUGUGGAACUUGA